ACGGCCAUUGCAAUGAUGAUAGACAGUAACAACACCAAGCCAUUCUCGGCGCAUGUAUUGGAUGUGUUCUUUCAAUCUCAGUCCUGUGACGUAAGAUGUUUUAUGUGCUUUUAUACUGAGUAACGCGAGAGCAAUAUUCGUCUGCGCGUCACCGCCGAUUGCGCGCGCCAGGACAAAUCCUCCGAACCUGCCCGAAAGACACAUUGGGGUCUUAUUGUUAGAGGAGCAGAGUGGGGUCCCGCACGUGAAUGGUCUUACCCAGAGAGGCUACUGUGUGCAUUGUAACAUUGGAGUUUUUCUGGUCCCUUAGAUGAAAUGUGGAUGCCACGUAACAAAAUUUGAAACCCAGAAAUGCAUAACAACAAAAGACGGAUGUGCAAUGAAAAGACCUGGAUCUAGUAUGGCACUGCAAAACGGAGAAGCACGCCCUAUAUGGGCAGUUUCUGCAUUUGUCAAUCAACAGAUAAUUUAUGAGGAAAUGGAGGAUCUCAGAUUUUCCUGAUACACACCUAUCCUUUGCAAGACACAGCACAUCCAAGCCUUGCUCUGGAGUGCACUUCCAACCAUGGAUCUCCUUUGGGUUCUACUGUCCAUGCUGACUACAUGUUUGGCAAUAAAUAUGGAAGCUACCGGGAGCCAUAGCAUGUUUACCUGUGAACCUAUCACAUUAAGGAUGUGCCAGGGCCUUUCCUACAAUACCACCUUCAUGCCCAACAUUCUAAAUCACUAUGACCAGCAGACUGCUGCUCUUGCAAUGGAGCCCUUUCAUCCUAUGGUAAACCUGGAGUGCUCCACUGAAAUACGCCCAUUCUUGUGUUCCCUUUACGCACCCGUGUGCACUGAGUACGGCCGAGUGACCCUGCCAUGUCGACGCCUGUGCCAGCGUGCCAAGAGUGAUUGCUACAAACUCAUGGACAUGUUUGGGGUCAGCUGGCCAGAGGAGAUGGAGUGUAGCAGGUUUCCACAAUGUGAUGAGUCUUACCCACGAGCUAUAGACUUACUCCCCAACACUGACAGCACAGAGGAAUCGCCCUCAUCUGUUCAACGGGACUAUGGCUUCUGGUGUCCACGAGAGCUGAAGAUCAACCCUGAGUUGGGCUACUCAUUCAUGGGUGUGCAUGACUGCUCGCCUCCUUGCCCAAACAUGUACUUCCGCAAAGAUGAGCUCAUCUUCGCCCGCUAUUUCAUUGGUGUUAUCUCCAUUGUCUGCCUGUCAGCCACACUCUUCACCUUCUUGACCUUCCUUAUCGACGUUGGCCGUUUCCGUUACCCUGAGCGGCCCAUCAUCUUCUAUGCCGUCUGCUACAUGAUGGUGUCCCUGGUUUUCUUCCUGGGCUUUCUACUGGAGGAUCGUGUGUCGUGUAAUUCUGCAAGCCCGGGUCGAUUCCGUGCCUCCACCAUCACCCAGGGUUCUCACAACAAAGCUUGCACGCUCCUCUUCAUGACACUCUACUUCUUCACCAUGGCGGGCAGCAUUUGGUGGGUCAUCCUUACCAUCACCUGGUUCCUGGCUGCUGUUCCCAAAUGGGGGAGUGAGGCUAUUGAAAAGAAGGCUUUGCUCUUCCAUGCAGUGGCUUGGGGAGUUCCAGGGGCCCUCACCAUCACCCUCAUGGCCAUGAACAAAAUCGAGGGCGACAGCGUGAGUGGUGUUUGCUUUGUGGGGCUCUACGACCUGAUGGCUUUAUGCUGGUUCCUCUUGGUGCCCCUUGCGCUUGAUGUGGUCGUGGGUGUGGUGCUGUUAUUAGCAGGCAUCGCAGCACUGAAUAGGGUCCGCAUGGAGAUUCCAUUAGAGAAAGAGAACCAGGACAAAUUGGUGAAGUUCAUGAUCCGGAUUGGCGUGUUUUCCGUGCUGUAUUUGGUGCCUCUGCUGACAGUAAUUGGCUGUUAUCUAUAUGAGCAGAGCUACAGAUCAGUGUGGGAGACUACCUGGGUACAGGAGCACUGCAGAGAAUACCACAUCCCCUGCCCGCUUAAGGUGGAACAGACAAGCAGGCCUGAUAUCACCUUAUUUCUCAUCAAGUACCUGAUGAUGCUGGUGGUGGGCAUCCCAUCAGUGUUUUGGGUUGGCAGUAAAAAGACGUGCUUUGAAUGGGCCAGUUUCUUCAGUGGGCAUCGCAGAAAAGAAGCAUUAACCUCCUCUCCUUCCCCUUGUUCCACCCCCUCUUCCCUCGUUCACUUGCCCUCUGUCUUCCCACUCUCUCUUCCUUCAAUCCUCCGCCGCUCCCUUCCCUAUGUACCACCCUUUUCCCUGUCACUCUCCCUCUCUGUCACCCCCACUCCCCCUGUCUCUACCACCCUCAGCAGUACGGUGCAUGAGAGCAGGCAGGUGCUGCAGGAGCCUGAUUUCACCCAGCUGCUCCUCAGAGACCCCAACACACCAGUGGUGAGGAAGUCCAGAGGCACCUCGACACAGGGCACCUCCACCCACGCCUCCUCCACGCACCUCGCCAUGCUGGACGAGCCCCCCAGUGCAAGCACCAGCCGUGCGGGCAGCAUGCGCAGCAAGGCCAGCAGCUACCAUAGCAGCCUGCAUCGCUCACGAGAUGGCAGACACACAGCUUGCAGUUUCCAUGGAGUUGAAGAGCGUCUCCCUCACGGGAGCACCCUACGCCUUAAUGAUCAGCUUCAGCACUGUGGCGUCGACCGCCUUGACAGCCAUUCGCGGCAUGGCAGCAUGAAGCGCCUGGAGAGCCAAUCACGGCACAGCAGCAUGCGUGACCUCAGCAUCACAGCACAAGCCAUCCAAAGUGGCCCUGGCAAUGGCAUUCACCGUGUCAUUGAGGAGGACGCAACCAAGGCGUAA